CGAUGUAUGUGACCGUUGGCAGCAUCGAGUCUGCGAUACAGGUGUUGCAGAAACUGAUAGAAAUAAUGGAAGAGGCGCCGAAAGUCGAAGGUUUUGUGAUGGAUUUUGAAGCAGGUCUAUGGCAGGCCCUCCGCUCCGUUUUCCCGGGUACCCAGCUGAAGGGAUGCGCAUUUCAUUGGUGCCAGGCUGUUCUGCGCCACGUCCAGCACCUGGGGCUAAAGGCAACUUAUGAGCGGAGAGAGGGAGCCCACCAGCUUAUCAGGAAGCUGUUAGCCCUUCCAUUUCUUCCGGGACAACACAUAGAGCGCGCCUUCAUCAAGCUUUAAGACCGGGCAGAGGGGAGUUCGGACCAGAUGAAGGAACUCUUCACGUACGUUGAAGAUCAGUGGAUGGAGAGCUCCCUCUGGAGCACCACUGAGUGGUCUGUGUACCGACAGACGAUACGAACCAACAAUGACACCGAAGGUAAAUUCAAAACUGUUGUAAAUAUUUAUUUAUUAUAUUCCCCGUAUCAUUUCCGGUAAUAGCAUUCACUAAAAAUAGAAAAUCAUGUAUGUUUUAAUUUUAAUUGUGUUAUGACUGUAAUUUCAGGAUGGCAUCGCCGGUUGAACUUUUCUGCCGGUCGGUCAACCCUGCAGUUUUACGUUUUGCUGAUUAUGCUGCUGAGGAAUCCAAAAUGGUGAAUGUAACACAGCAACUGGUGUCGGAGGCAGCCCUUGGCCGUCAGCGUCGAGAGCGCUACAAAGACAUCGACGCCAGGAUCAUGGAUGAGUGGGACUCAUACGAUUCCCAUGAGGUCACCUGCGAAGAGUUCCUCAAAAAUGUUGGUGCCAUCUACGGCGGCCGAUAGGUGUCAAGACUGAUGUUAGACAAUGGACAUGUCAUAUUAUUAGCAACAUAGUUGUGUAUAAUAUUUAAAGAAUAUUUUUAAAAAAAGGUUUAAACAUUCCUUCUUCAAUUCUAUUUCGUUUUAUAAAAAUAUCUCGUGAAUAAAUCUUUACAUGUUUUCAAGUGUACAGAUAUUUUCUUUAAAUCUAUUUUUAUCUAUACCUUUGUAUGCAUGUAUACAUUAUAUUUAGUCAAUUAAAAUAAAAAUAACAUGUUUUUUUACUUAUAUUUAGAAAUAAAAAAAUAAAAUUAAAUUAAGGGCCGAAACGUCUCGGUAAUCAGGGGCCGAAACGUCUACGUGCUGGGGCCGAUUUGGUAAGGGGCCGAAAAGGUAACCGUUUGAGCUAGGGGCCGAUUUGGUAAGGGGCCGAUUUGUCUGGUAGCCGUAAAAAAGAAUACAAAAUUUGAGACAAUUUCUACAAAUUAAUGAAACUCUUUUGCAUAAAAAUAAUUGUGUAACAUGAACAUUGUAUUUGACGUUGUCUAAUGUGUAUUAUAUAUGAUGGUAACUGUCGUAUAACAUCUUUAAAAUAAAAAUAGUAUUUAUUGGGUAUUUCAGUAAUUACGAACUGCAAAUCGGUGGAAAGUUAUUUUGAUAAUGACAGUUGUUCAGUGUUCAAGACAUUCACGGAACCACUACCGGUACUCCUACAAGGGUAACAUGCACAAUACGUAGCAACGCAUAAU